UCUAGAACCUUAAGAAACAAUAUAACUAAGAUCUAAGACCAAUAAACCAGAGAUAGACAUAAUAGAUUCAAUCUAGAGAAGUUACCAUAAGACCAAUAGAAAAUCUAAAAAGACAUAGAAGUUUUCUACCUUGUUCUUUUUCCAGUUGAGCCAAAAUAAUCAAUAUAUCUUUAGAGAGAACCUAGUAGUCUACCCCAUGAGACAAGACUUUAGAAUUAAUAGAACAAAAGUACAUAGUAUCAAGAGAGAAAAAGACAGAGACAGACUAUUCUAGAUUUUCUUCAAAAGAACUAAGCUUCUAAGAUUCCUUUAUAGAAUAAUUCUCAACUUCCUGUUUUAUUAGAUGUUCCAAAUUAAGAAUUCAGAUUACAGAUAAUCUUUCUAAGAUUCCUUUUCCUUUAAAAUAUGUUAGACCAAUCAUUAAGAACUAAUAAUCUUUAUGAACCUAUCUAAGAACCCUAAUUUGUUUAUCAACCUAGCUGUCCCCUAGAUUUUUCUAAUUUUAUUAAGAUAGAGACAUUUCCUAUUAAUUUAAGAGAUUGUUCCUUUAUAAGAGAUUGUUCCUUUUAUUUUAAGAGCCAAUUCAUAAGAAUAUUUCUUUAUAUUAAUAAAGUUUGAAGUCAUAAUAAAAGAGUAAUAAGAAUUCCUUAUAAUGUCAUUAUUAAGUCUAAAGUAGAGAUGCCUAUUUAUUAUAAUAAUACCUUAAAAAUCCCUAGUUAUUAAUGAUUUGAUUACCCAUCCUAAAAAUUCUUAAAAAAUAAGAAUAGAUCGUAAUUUCUAAACAAUCCUUUAAAUAAGAAACCUUAUAAAAUCUGUUUUUAAGAAUAAUUGAUUUGAUGAUACUUUUUUUGGAAUAAUGAAUUCCUUAACAUCCUCCUUCCUUAAAAUGAGAAAUAAUAUAAAUUUGUAGUGUGUGUGCCAAUAAGCCAAUAAGCCAAUAAUGAAAGUUGUGCCAACUUGCCCAUUUAUUGAGUUUUUGACUUGAGCCACCAAUUCAGAUAGAAAGAGUUACUAACACU